UUAUAAGUCUGGCUGUGUUGAAAAAAUAGUGAGGUGGCGGCAUGCACUUUUACUACCUCAACACAACAUUUUGCCGAUAGGUUUAAAUUGGUUUCUUUUGUUUUUGCCCUUAUUCCUGAUCUUAUUUCACGCUUUGCGCUUUCUCGCUGUACGCCUUCCCCUCUCUCUCUCUCUCUCUCUCUCUCUCUCUCUUUCUCUCCCCCAUUGAAGCGUACUCGAAAUUCUCCAUUGAAGAGGCUUCUGAGCUUUGAAGCAGUCUCUAAGUGUAACGCCAUGGAUAUGAUGUUGGAGGGAACCUCAGUGUAUUCUAAUCCAAUGUCGAGCCAUUACGUUUCUUAUCCGAUGCAUAUUCCACCUCUACAUCAUCGAUUCCCCGAGAAAAGCGGGACUUACUCAAUUGAUGCUGGUUUCGAUCAAUCUCCAGACUUGAAAAAAAUUUACGAUCACUAUACUAAAGGAAAACCUUCCGUUCGAGUAGUUUCGCAAUUGUCUCCUAAAGAUUUUGCUUCCUCCACGGCCAAGCCUGUGACUGUGCUGAAAAAGAAGGUUGAAUAUUUUCAACUCUUACCGUCUGUUGUAUCAGUGUCUUCCUUUUAUGGUGUUGAUAGAACAAUCGAUUGCUCUGGACUUGUAAUUGAAUGGGAUGCGACUAAAAAUGAAGCAGUCAUUUUGACUUCGGCAAAACUUCUUUUAAGCCCCGUCCGUGAAACUCGAGAAAAUUAUAUCAUUGUAAGGCUGGCAGAUGGAACUUUAUUACUUGGGAAGGAAGAUUAUGUUGAUUAUCAUCACAACCUUCUCACCCUCAGGGUUAAGUCAACAAUGGAAAUUAAAGCGGUAGACUUGAGGUCUAAGCAAGUUGAUUGGGAUGAUCUAGUCGAUGGAAUGAAAGUGACAACACUAGGUCGUAUGUUUCCCUUCUGUAGCUUGUUUGACCAUGGCGGAGAGUUACUUUUGCAAUACCCUUACUUUGGUUGUGGAGAACUUUUGAGGUCUUCUUGCCAUGUUCAUCCGGAGACCGAAGGAGGACCACUUAUCACUGAUGAUGGAUUUGUGGUCGGGAUUAACUUUGUCGAUAAUUACGGUUUUGGCAAUCCACUUCCUACUCCAGUUAUCCUAGCUAGCUUGGAUUUGUGGAAGUCUUAUAGGACUAUUGUGCGACCGUGGUUUGGAUUUAGUGUGGUUGACUUGCAUCAGUUGCCUCUUGCUGCAUGGGAGAGAUUUAAUGUAUCCCCAACUGACUCAUAUGUUGUUGUCAAAGAGGUAUAUAAAGGUUCAAUUGCCUAUGGAAAAGGUGUAUGCCCUGGUGAUUUAGUUGCUACCUGUAAUGGAAUUGCGAUACAUUCUGCCAAGCAGUAUUUGCAGCUAUUGUUGGACAGAUCCAGUAUGGUGACUGCUAGUGGUGAUUCUAGUAUGAUUGAUCAAAGUUUCAAAGUUGUUAUUCAAUCAAAUGAUCGUCAUAUUGGUGAAAUUAGCAUUGAAGCUGAAAAUGUAGCUGUUGUUGAUAAGAGGUUUUGUGAAUGGUGGCCUUGUUCAGAAGCUGAGUGGGCAUCCAACAAAAUUGGAUCUCAAAGAAAUGUAAAUCCUAAUUUUAUCAUUACGGCCGAAGGCGAAAAAAAAUAUUUUUAAGUGUAUAUCUAUAAACUCUAUUUUUGGUUGUCCUGUAACAAAUACUAUUUCCUUCUUUUCCAGCAUACAAAGAAAGAUUGUUUUUUGUAGGCAUAUAGCUCAAAAAUCUCAAUGGUUAAUCACCAUUUUCCUUUUCUCUCUGUUGUAUGUAAUAAUUGUAUCAAUUAAUUAUUAGAAAUGUAGGAAUUUAGAACAUAAUCAUAAAUGUUAAUCACCAUUUUCCUUUUC